GACAUCACACUCACAUCAUCUGUUCAACAGACAGACACAACCAAACCUAGCAAAAUGUACAAGAUUGUAUUCUUCCUCGCCACCCUGGCCCUGGCUGCUGCCAAGCCCAGCGCAGUAGCCGCUCCCCUUGUAGCUGCAGCGCCCGUUGUGGCUGCCCCAGCUCCUUUCGUCACAGCCUCCAGCUCUCAGUACGUCGCCAGGAACUACAACGGAGUGUACGCCGCCGCUGCUCCUUUAGUCGCUGCCCCUGCCCCAGUCGUCGCUGCUCCUGCCCCAUUAGUGGCAGCUCCUGCUCCUUAUGUAGCCGCUCCUUAUGCCGUUGCCCCAGCAGCGGCUCGUGUCGUGGCUCCCUAUGCUGCUCCCUAUGCUGCUCCCUACGUAGCUGCCCCCGCCCCAGUAGUCCCCGCUUUCGCCCGGUACGCUGCCGCUCCUUACUUCGCUCCCUCUGCUCCCUUUGUUGCUCUUAAGUAAACUGUGAUGACGACUGAAUCUUAGCCCAUUUUUUGUACUGAAGAAUACAUAUCUAUAACAUA